AUGGCUGCUCCGAGAACGACACAUCAUUCUGAUGUGUUGCACAUUCUUCGUUAUGUGAAGGGCACUCUAUUGCAUGGUUUAUACUUCUCGGUAUGUUUUUCCUUGACACUUAGCGGCUAUUCUGAUGCAGAUUUGGCUGGAGAUCCUACUGAUCGUCAUUCCAUUACUGGGUACUGCUUCUUUCUGGGUGAUUCACUUGUCUCUUGGCGUAGUAAGAAGAAAAACUUAGUUUACAGAUCGAGUGUUGAGUCUGAGUACUGUGCUCUUGCUGAUUUCACCUCCGAGCUAUUAUGGUUAUGUCGGCUACUGAUCUCGGUACACCUCAGUCGUCGUCUACUGCUCUACAUUGUGAUAGUCAGAGUGCUAUAA